AUGACAGAAGCUGGUCCCCUGGACGAGCUUUUAGGUCAUUUGAAAGGACUCCAGAACGCCUCUAAUGACGAGCGCUUGAACACCCCCCUUGUGGAGCAAUCUCGCUUCCUCCUUCGAGACACCGACGUGAAGCCAAGUCACAUUGUAGAACUUGCCAAGCUAACUCUCCCACUACUUAGGACGUCACAGGAUGAUCUUGAACCUCUCGUGAGGUUCCUCUCAGACGCUAUUGAAUUUGUCUCCUUCGAUGACUUGCGAACGUCGAUACCCGUGGAGGUAGUUACGGAGGGUCUCUCAUCGUCUGUCCCGGCCGUCCAGGGGUUGAGUCUCUCUUAUCUGAAGACGGCUGCACAGUCACCCAGUGGCGCUGCAUCUGUGGCCAAUGACGACGCUCUGGUAAGAGGCUUGAUCAAGGUAUUCCUCACCUCGAAAUCCACAGAUAUCGGCGGCACAAAAGCACUUGAGACAAUUCUCCUUCUUCUAUCAGUAGACAACCCAGAGGAGGUCACCACAGUCUCCAAUAAUGGCGCGGUAGGGCAGACUAGUGGACAAGGUCUUCUUUGGCGAAGGAUCUUUCAUGAUGAAAGUAUAUAUGGUCUGUUCUUCCAGUUCACCUCGGACCAGGACCCUAGCCACGAUCUUUCGAGAUCAGACAUCACCACAGCGCAAGCCCGGCUACUUGAUUUCAUCUCUGGGAUCGCCAAAAUGCGCUGGGAUGCAAUUCACGACUCAACGAGACCUUACAUACAGACCUCGUCCAGCUCUCAAUCCAGAGGCAAUGCACGCGAACGAAGCCUUCUGAGAUAUGCCACCCUCACCAUGGUGGAUCGGACAGAUCCUCUAAUGACAAACAUACUCGUCAACUUCCUUACCACAUUGCUACAGCUCAAAAGUCCAGCUGGCUGCUCUGGUAUAUCUUCCAUCCCUACAACAUCCUCACCCUCUUUGGAAUUUCUGGUCGCGUCAGGCCUACAUCAGAGAGCCCUCGACUACUAUCUACGGAGCGAAGAACUUGACAAGUUUGAACUUCAGUUCCUGGCAGGUGCACAAAUCCGAUAUCUUUGCGCAUAUACAGACCUGUAUCCUGAGCACUUCAUGCAAGAACCAGAUCUUCCAAGAAGGAUCAUAAAACUCUUGGAACAGAACCUACAUAUCAGCGGAGCUCGCUGGGCCCAUGGUUUGGCGCCAGUCCAAGAUCUUAACGUGCUGGCACACUUACCAGUCAGUGCCCUGGUAGGAGCCUCAAGAUCUACCGAGAAUCCGGUGCUGCUUUUGCCCACAAAUCCGGCGAAUGCAGACGCUUUGGAAAUACUGGGCAAGGUUUUCCACGGGCCGAGUGCGAACACUUCUGUAAUCGAAGAGGGUUUGGUAGCAGGAUCAGAGCCCUUUAGCAGAGGUUCCCAAGCAGCCUCAGCCCGCGUACUGUUCUACCAGUAUCAUGAUAAGCAUCCCGAGUUCUGGAGCAACGUUGCAGCUGCCAUGAACGUCCUCGCAAUGCCACGAGCUGCAUCAGCCGCGAUUGCCUUAGUUAGAAGCAUCGUGACCGCUGACUGGGCACGACUGCCCGAUCAUACUCCAAACAGUUCUGGACCGCUGUCUUUGCUAACAGAACAGGGUAUAAGCGAGCUCUGCGGGGGCAACGUGUCAGGCACUGGCAUGGCAGAAGUCUUGAAUGCCGGUGAAUCAGCCGUACAAUCACUUCUCAUGCCAGUCAAGACCGUUGGUGGAGAUGCUGAAGCUGCAAGGUUGGCAUGGCGAAUUGGAAGAGAGAAGUAUGAUGUACUCGUGCUGAUGUCAGACCUGAUGAAGAAGGGUGUGGGCAAGAAUGAGGUACCAAAACAACUGUGGCAGAACAUCGCUGGAGGUAUUCAGGAGAGGAUAAGACUUGAUGUAGGCGGUGCUUAUACCACUCAGACAAACCUUGUCAGCACGCUCGGAGGAUGA